AUGUUGACCAAUACUAUUAAACUUCAAAGUGGAUUAGGGCUUAGCCUUUCACAAAGAAUAAUGCCAGCCAGCGCAUCCAUAUCAUCGAUGAUGGCCGGUACCAUUAGUUCACAAUUUACUCGUGGCAAAAGAACCAAAUCUAAGCUGACGAUGUCUCAAGGUACCCAGCGUGUGGUUGGGCAACUUAGUGUGAUGUCGGCUGCUAGAAAACAACCACUUCGUUUAAAAUUGACCAAUGAGGACUUGGUACGUCAUCAAGUUGUCCAUAAUGCCUGGGCGAUGUUACAAAAGCAAAAGAGACAAGUCAGAGAAGAGAAAUUGACGAAACAAUUUGAAGCGAUGCAAUCGGCAAUGGAAGAUUUGAAGCACGGGGUGGAAGACGGUGGAGUGUUGUUUGGGUUUGGUAGCAAGUUUGAAAAAACUAAGAAGAGAGUGAGUUUGGAAUUGAGAGUGCCAACAGAAUAUCCACCUAAUCAAGUAUGGAAUCACAAGUACUCCAAGAGUGAUUGA